CCUUUGUACACAGAGACAGAGUUGCUUUGACACAGUGGAAAGCACGCUUGUCUGAGUCUGCAGCGAGCCAGCAUCUUAGCGUGUCCUCGUGUUCCAGUAACCUAGCCUACGGACCAGUCUCAAACUGUAGCAUCAUUGUCGUUGAAAACACAUUUUAAAGGGAGAGCGAAUAAAGCGGAAAGCGUUGUCCCCACAGGAGCGAGAAAUGUCUAGUUUAAAGAAAAGAAAUUCGAAUUCGUCCGCCGACCGCGAUGAGGAAGACAAGCAGGUGACGGAGAAGAUGCUCUCCCCAAGCGGAGGGGAGAACGGGAACACAAACCGGACCGGUGCAUCGGGAAACGGGGAGAAGGAGGUUGGCAACAUUGAAGGAGAGGAGACGGUAGUUCUACAGAGAACCAUCACACUAGUUAACGGCGUUGCCAUCAUCGUGGGUACCAUCAUCGGGUCGGGCAUUUUCGUGACCCCCACUGGAGUGAUCAAAGAGGCAGGAUCCGUUGGUCUGUCACUAGUCAUUUGGACUGUCUGUGGGGUGUUCUCGACCAUCGGUGCCUUGUGCUAUGCCGAGCUGGGAACAACUAUCUCAAAGUCAGGAGGGGACUAUGCGUACAUACUUGAGGUUUAUGGGUCUUUGCCUGCUUUCCUCAAAUUGUGGAUCGAAUUGCUUAUCAUACGGCCAUCCUCACAAUACAUUGUCGCGUAUGUCUUUGCUACCUACCUCCUCAAACCCAUCUUCCCGGACUGCCCAGUGCCCGAGACAGGAGCGAAGUUAAUCGCCUGUCUUUGUAUCCUGCUGCUGACGGCGGUGAACUGCUACAGUGUGAAGGCUGCCACCAGGGUCCAGGACGCCUUUGCUGCUGCCAAACUGCUCGCCCUCGGCCUCAUCAUCAUCAUCGGCUUUGUGCAGAUCGGCAAAGGUGACACAGUCUACCUCCUACCAGAGAAUUCUUUCAAGGGUUCUAAGUCAGACUUUGGGAACAUCGGCCUGGCGUUGUACAGUGGCCUUUUUGCCUAUGGAGGCUGGAACUAUUUGAAUUUCGUCACUGAGGAAAUGAUUGAGCCUUACAAGAACCUGCCUCGGGCAAUCAUCAUCUCACUGCCCAUUGUCACAGUAGUGUACGUGCUCACCAACCUGGCCUACUUCACCACGCUCAGCCCCGAAGACAUGCUAAGCUCAGAGGCCGUGGCUGUGGACUUUGGGAAUUACCACUUGGGCUACAUGGCUUGGAUCAUCCCUGUGUUUGUGGGCCUGUCCUGUUUUGGCUCUGUCAACGGCUCCCUCUUCACCUCAUCCAGGUUGUUCUUUGUGGGCUCCAGGGAGGGUCACCUACCCAGUCUGCUGUCCAUGAUCCACCCCACCCUGCUGACCCCCCUCCCCUCCCUCCUCUUCACAUGUGCCAUGACUCUGCUGUACGCGUUCUCCAACGACAUCUUCUCAGUCAUCAACUUCUUCAGCUUCUUCAACUGGCUCUGCAUCGCUAUGGCGAUCAUCGGCAUGAUGUGGCUGCGCUACAAGAAGCCUGAGCUGGAGCGACCAAUCAAGGUGAACAUCUUGCUGCCCAUCAGCUUCGUGUUGGCCUGCCUCUUCCUUAUUGUGGUGUCAAUCUGGAAGACGCCCCGGGAGUGUGCCAUCGGUUUUGGCAUCAUCGCCACCGGUGUGCCUGUCUACUUCUUUGGCGUGUGGUGGCAGAGCAAGCCCAAGUGGCUUCUCCAGGCUAUAUUCUCAACCACUGCACUGUUUCAGAAGAUGAUGGAGGUUGUGCCGCAAGAAUCUUGAAGACGAUCAGAGACUAAGCCUUUAGAUGGCCACCGCUCCCUCCUCCCCCCACCCCAGUCCCAGCUCCUACACCAGACACCCCCCCAUCCCAGUCCCAGCUCCUACCCGUAGAGACACCCUAUAGCCUGUUCUUCAUGCAUCUCUUCGUGAAAAUCUCUAGCUCUCUUUCAUAUAGUCAAUCGUAUUGUUACAGUGUUGGAGUGAAGGAGAGCCAUGCUGUUAGCCAUACCUCACUGCCCCCUCCUACAGACACAGCAGGACACCCUCCAACAACUGGGGUCGUCUAAUUUCGGAAUAUUCCCAUGUCCAGUGCAAAGAUUCUGUGGCUAGUGGACUGUGUGUAAAGACUUGACUCGUUGGAUUGUUACAUUCAUUUGCUUUUUUUGUUUGUUUGUUUGUUUGUUUUUUACUUCAUACGCAAUCCAGCUAUCAACUGAAAUGUAUUUAAAAGCCAUUGUUUUAAUCUUAAGCAAAAUAAGUUCCCUCUCACCCACUCCAUGCAAAUGACCAUGGCUACUCUUUUCAGCACCUUACAUGCUGCCUCAUGCAGCGCUCUGUGUGUGUGUGGCGUGUGUGUGUGAAUUUAUGUUUCAGAGUACUUGUAGUAACUUGUCUAACUACUUGCUUGUAGUUGGGGUAGUUGGGGAGCAAGGACAAAUAUACCCGUUGGGAUCAACCAGUUAUAUAAAAGGAGCUGGUUAAAACCCAAACCCCAACAGCUUCUAUCCAGCGGUCUGAGACUCACGCACAGCUCUCCAGUAGCACCGCUAAAGUUAGACCAAGACAUGAACAGGCCCCUUAAGGUGAAGUUAGAAAUGGUUUUUACCCAGUUACCUACAUGGUGAAAUAUAAGCUUGCUGCUUUUUUUUUUUUAUACCUGUAGAUAAAGAUUUCUACUGUUCAUGAGUUUUAUUUUUCUAAGUCAAUGCAGUGGCCCAAUUUCUUUCAUACGGGGUCUAUGCGAUCUCUAUAGACUGAGGAGGUGAAGCAUCCUUUAACUUAAAGUCCUUUCGACACGAUUAGUGAUUUUAGACCUGUCAGUGUACGUUGUCACCUCUAUGUUUUUAGUUACUAUGACAACAAAUGUGUCAAUACAGUAUUGGUUAUGAGUACUGUACGUGCAAAGUGAGUGUUUGUAGGUCGUACGACUCUUGAGAAUACCACACUGUGGUUUUUGUAACAGACAGAUAGACAAGCCUGCAGGCUGCAGGGAGAGAACAGUCUCUCAUAUAUAUUUCAUGCCCUUACGCCUGCCCUUAGUUGAAUUGCUGUCAUUUAUAAGAAGAAGACAUUUUGAGUUGUUGUUGUUUGUAUGUACUGGUGUGUCUGACAGUGGAGGACCUGAUCUUCGUGAUCCCUGGGGAAGGGACACAUUAGCAUCAGUAGAACAUCCACUUAGUUAGCAGUAGGCUACCGUGUUUCGGUCAAGCCUCGCUAGGAACACUGUGGUCACAGUCACUGUAGGUCACCCUGUAACUAGGUCUGACAAGGACCUCAAGUUCAGGAGUUUGUGUGUGUGUGUGUGCGGAUUAACCUGCCAUUUGGCGAUUGUCGAUACAAAAGAGUAAACUGACUAAUAGCUGUAUCAUUAAUCAAGUAAAUGUUGUUUUAUGUGUGAAUAUGAUCUGGUGUGUGUGUGUGUGUGUGUGAGUAUAGAUGUGCGUCUGUUUAUGUUUGUAAUUUCCCUUGGUCAAAUGCUCUGUUGUCGUAGCUACAGCAUCAGCAACAAUCAUUAGGGUGGCAAGGCUAGGCUAGAACAGGACAGACGGGGCUAGGUUAGGUUAGGCUAGAACAAGUUAUACUAGAUAAGCUGGGUUUGGCUAGGAAAGGUUAGUUUUGGUUAGGUCAAGGUGGGCUAUGCUUGGCUAGGCUGUGUUAGGUUAGCUUUGUUUAUGUUGGGUUUAGCUUGGCCAUGUUGGGUUGGUUGGGGUUGGGGGGAGUGGAGGGUGUGUGGUGGAGUAGGAUGGGGAGGGUUAUGGGUGGGGGUGUAUCAUCAGACAGGAUGUAGGAGGGUUCCGAGGGCAAGACAAGUUACUGUAAAAGGGGGCGGAGGGUGGGAGGUGGUGGUGGGGGGAGGGGGGGGGGCACGGAAGGUUUACGAGAUUAUCAAUCCAUUGUUAUUAUUUGUAGUUAUUAUUGCGUACUGUAUUAAUGUAAAGCGUCCCUCAAAAACUGUCCCAGACUUGUGGCAUGUUCCACCGUGCGUUGUCGUGGAGAUGGCUUCCCACCACAGACUGCCUGACGUAUCAGAGAGCUGCAGCUGAGGCCGUUUUCAGACAACGGUGAUACAAGCUGUCUAAAUAUGGGAAACCUGGAACCAAAGUUCCAACAGAUGCACAGGCACUGUUCAUGAAGUUUUUUAGGACCCUCUAUCACCUAUUGUGGAUGAAUACACUUAAGACUGUCUCCCAGUCAUUGUCAACAUCUCAUCCUAUAGCGUUUUGUCCUGGACCUUGUUUUUUUGGCCAUGGUUCUCCAAGGGCGUUUAUCUGUGUUUAGAUGAUCUAACACUCCAACCCAUCAAAAGAUGGUGACUAAUUUUGAAUAGGACUGUAGAAGAUGUAUUUAUUUAUUGUAGAAACUUUGUUAGUCCUCUAAUUUUUACAGGGCAUUUGUGGAAGUGCUUUACAAAUAAAUCUCACUUUUUUUUCCAU